AAUCUGUGCUCAUACUUGGGCACUAGUGCUAGUGGCAGCCCUGGUGGACACGUCAAAAUCGGGUAAACUUGACGUAAACAUGGACGGUCAACCGCUGGAGCCUACGCUGUAUACGGUCAAAGGAAUGGCCAUCCUUGACAACGAUGGCAACAGGAUACUGGCAAAGUACUACGACAAGAAUGUAUUUCCAACGUCGAAGGAGCAAAAGACUUUUGAGAAGAAUUUGUUCAGUAAAACGCACCGGGCAAACGCAGAGAUCAUUAUGUUGGACGGUCUGACUUGUGUCUACAGAAGUAACGUCGAUUUGUUCUUCUACGUCAUGGGCAGCUCGCAGGAAAAUGAAUUGAUCUUAAUGAGUGUCUUGAACUGCCUGUACGACUCAGUCAGUCAGAUCCUCAGGAAGAACGUAGAAAAGAGAGCGGUAUUGGACAGCUUGGACAUAGUGAUGUUGGCGAUGGAUGAGAUUUGCGAUGGCGGUAUAAUUUUGGAUGCGGACGCGUCAAGCGUGGUGCAGAGGGUGGCACUGCGAACGGAUGACAUUCCACUCGGGGAACAAACAGUGGCACAGGUAUUGCAAUCUGCCAAGGAACAGCUUAAGUGGUCAUUGUUAAAGUAAACUUUUUUUUAAAUAUGAUUUUGUUGUAUAGACACGUCUGCAAUAUACGCUACAUAAUAUUAUUGUACAAAAUAAGAGUUUAAUGAAGAUGUCUGCGUAGGGAAUCCAUUUACUGAUUUACUUUUUCAUCUGCGGAGUCGCAGUCCUUAAAAUAAAUUCUUAGAAAGCUGGAAACAUAAAAAUGUGUAGGAAUUUUGGAAAAUUCUCGAGGUAAUAAAUAGUGCAACUUUCUUGCGGA